ACUUUUUCCGCCGUAAUUCAAACAUAGCGUGACAUUUAUUUACUGGCUAACAAAUACAUUGCUACUCACACAUCCCUCGUUCUAUUUCCAUUUGUGAUUGGAUUAGCUGAAUUCUAAAUCAAAUAUUAUCAUUAUUUAUAGACUGUAAUUGGAAUACAUCACAUUCUACGUGGGAUUAUAUCACCAGAGAGUUCGCCAACCUGCUUGGAAUUAUCAAACAUUUAUAAUUGUGGAUUUACAUUACCGGACCGAAUCAGAACACGCAGCGUUUGGUCAAUUUAAGUAACGCCCCUAAUUUUUAUUGUAUUUGUAACAAUUGACUGUAUAUAUAUUAAUAUUACUAUUGAUCCUUAGUAACUUUGUUUAUAAUUUUUGCGUUCAUAUUUGUCUGGUCCACCACAAUUAUUUGGUGAGCCUCGAUUAUUUUUUUAUAGACAUUUACUAUAUAUAUAUCUACAUAAUUUUUUCAAUAUUAUUAAUCGGCACGACACCAUAUUUUUGUUUUUGUCAUUAUGAACUCUCCGGGUAAACUUAUUGAUAUUGAUAGUUCUCCGAUCAACCUUCUAAACUCUCCACAACCAGAGGAUAAUGUUUUAAACUCAAUCAACGCUAUCUCGGAACUGAGAUUACCAACGUACGGUGUUAAAAAUCCCAGGAUCUGGUUUGCACAGGUUGAGGCAUUAUUUUUGUCUAGAGGUAUACGCUCGCAAGCGACAAAAUAUGCAUACAUUGUUGGAGCAUUACCCAUAGAGGUGGCAGCAGAAGUCGGAGACCUAAUAGAUAACGUACCAGAAACAGACCCCUAUGACAAAAUAAAAGCCGCAGUAAUCCACCGUACUUCGCAGUCUGAUGAAAAACGCUUACAGCAACUACUCACCGCAUGCGAGUUAGGUGACAAAAGACCUUCACAGUUGCUUAGACAUAUGAGACAACUAGCAGGUUCAUGCAAGUUAGACGAAGCAUUACUUAAGCAGAUGUGGUCACAAAGGUUACCUUAUAGCGUCAGACAAAUUCUCAGCGUAUCAGGAGCCUCUGUCAGUCUUGACGAUUUAGCAGACAUGGCCGAUAGGAUGAUAGAAAUAUAUCCCGAUAGUCGGGGAAUUUACGCAGUACAACCCGCCAGUAGAGAUGCCAUGAACCCUAUCCUUGACAUGCAGCAUCAAAUGGCACACUUGACACGUCAGUUAGCAUCACUGCAGGCGACUGUCUCCACCAUCCGUUCUCGAUGCCCCAGAUCUAGGUCCAGAAGGAGAUCAUUAUCCAGACAUCGUCAUAGGUCACCUAAGCGGGCAGCUGGGAUGUGUUGGUAUCAUUCGAAUUAUGGCGAGAAAGCACGUCGUUGCACAAAACCGUGCAACUUCACUACAAGCAAGUCAGACCAUCAGGGAAACGAAGUGGCCAGGCAGUAAUAGCGGCAGCUGUUACUGGCCAACAUGUCAGCCGCCUUUUCCACAUCAGGGAUCGUAUUUCUGGCUCAGACUUUUUAGUCGAUACGGGAGCAGAAAUCAGCAUCAUCCCACUUUAUCUCUCACGCAGACAACAUGCGUUGAGCACAAAAUUGUCCUUGGUAGCGGCUAACGAAUCAGUUAUCAAAACUUAUGGAGAACAAUCUCUUAUAUUAGAUCUCGGGCUCCGUAGACGAUUCACAUGGGUAUUCAUAGUUGCUGAAGUCAAACGACCCAUUCUCGGAGCCGAUUUUCUUAGUGCGUACAACCUUUUAGUUGAUAUGACUAACAAGAGAUUAGUCGACACAAACACACGUUUACAAGUAAAUUGUACACUUUCCAACGACAACGAGAUCCAUGGUGUUCGUAUAAUGAAACCUGAGAACAAUAUCUUCAACGACAUCCUAAAAGAAUACCAGUGCAUUAUGAAAUCAGAUUACCAGAAGGAAGGUAACCCACAACUGGUACAACACCAUAUCACUACCACCGGACCACCUAUUAGCGCCAGGGCGAGAAGAUUACCACCAAGCAAGUUGCAAGUAGCGAAAAGAGAAUUCGAACACAUGAUGCAACUUGGAAUUAUCAGACCAUCCAACAGCCCCUGGGCCUCGCCGUUACACAUGGUACCUAAGAAGGACCAAGAUUGGCGUCCGUGUGGUGACUAUCGACGAUUAAACAACCAAACCACCCCGGAUAGGUAUCCUAUUCCACAUAUACAUGACUUCGCGUUAAAUUUACAUGGUAAAUGCAUCUUCUCUAAACUCGACCUCGUGCGUGCAUACCAUCAAAUUCCAAUGGCACCGGAAGACAUUGAGAAAACAGCCAUAAUAACACCUUUUGGUUUGUUUGAGUUUCUAAGGAUGCCAUUCGGAUUGAAAAACGCUGCACAGACUUUCCAGCGAUUCAUGGAUGAUGUCACAAGAGGUUUAGACUUCGUAUUUGCCUACAUCGAUGAUGUUCUCAUUGCAAGCUCAUCUUUAGAAGAGCAUAUUCAACAUGUCCAGACCCUUUUUGAACGUUUUAAAAAACAUGGCGUCGUCAUCAAUCCUUCGAAAUGCAUAUUUGCAGUUUCAGCCUUAGAGUUUUUAGGACAUUACAUUGACUCUCAAGGCAUCAAACCACUCCCAAUGAAGGUUGAAGCGAUUACCAAUUAUCCCGAACCAACCUCGGUGAAGUCAUUACGACGUUUCCUUGGUAUGUGUAAUUUUUAUCGCCGUUUCUUACCACAUUGUGCUGAAGUAUUACAGCCAUUAACCGAUCUGCUAAAAACCGACAAAAAAAGUACGAAGAAAGAGAAGACUCAGACAUUCAACCUACCCCCUGACGCCAAAACAGCAUUCGAGAAAGCAAAGUUGAUGAUAUCUAAUGCUACUAUGCUACAGCACCUAAACACCGAUCCCAGAACAAACCUUAUCCUCUGCACUGACGCCUCCCAAAAAGCAGUAGGAGCAGUAUUACAACAAUGCGUUAACGACAAGAUUACUCCUAUAGCUUUCUUUUCCAAACGAUUAUCACCAACUCAAGAGCGCUAUAGCACCUUCGGACGCGAACUUCUGGCUAUGUACUUAGCUGUAAAACACUUCAACUUCCUGCUUCAGGGACGUGAUUUCACCAUUAUGACUGAUCAUAAACCACUUUGCUAUUCUUUCAACACGUCCUACGACAGACAUUCUCCACGGGAAGCCAGACAACUGGAUUACAUUUCUCAAUUCACUACGGACAUCCAGUUCAUCAAAGGCUCCUCCAACAUUGUCGCUGACGCUCUAUCUAGAAAGGAAAUCAACAUGAUGGUACACAACCACAAUAUCAGCCUUGAAGCUUUAGCUAAACUACAAGUGGACGAUGCAGAUUUGAAGACCUGCGAAGAGAAGUCUUACUUGAACCUUAAACCUGUACCCAUUCCUUUCUCAGAUGCAUCUAUUAUUUGCGACACUUCAACGGGUAACAAUCGCCCCUUUGUGCCACAACCCUAUCGACGGAAAAUAUUUCAACAGCUACAUGGACUGUCGCAUCCAGGCAUCAGGGCUACUACGAAGCUUAUCACAGAACGCUUUGUUUGGCCAAAAAUCAAUUCGGAUGUUAAACGUUGGACACGUAACUGCCUCCAGUGCCAACGCAGCAAAAUCCAAAAACACACUAUCAGCCCGAUCGGGGAAUUCCCUAUUCCCGACAAACGUUUCCAGCAUAUUCAUUUGGACUUAGUUGGGCCCCUGCCUCCGUCAAACUCCUUCACCCAUAUCCUCACAGCAGUGGACCGGUUCACAAGAUGGGCCAUAGCAUGCCCUAUUGCGGAUACUUCCGCAGAAACAGUAGCCAGUGUAUUUCUUGACCGUUGGGUAGCAAAUUACGGUGUACCCUCUAUCGUCACUACCGAUCGCGGUCCCCAAUUUCAAUCUGUCCUUUUCCAGGAGUUUACUAAACUUCUAGGGGUCAACCAUAUUAAAACCACAGCUUACCACCCAGCAGCUAAUGGCAUGGUUGAAAGAUUCCAUCGCCAAUUAAAAAGCUCACUGAUGGCGCAAACUGACUCAUCAAAGUGGAGCGAUGCCUUACCGCUUGUACUCCUUGGUAUUCGUUCAACUAUUAAGGAAGACAUUGGAUGUACAGCCGCCGAGUUAGUCUAUGGCACAACCCUAACGUUACCCGGUCAACUAGUCAACUAUGAACCUACAACGCACGGGGAUUCUACUCACUUCGCAAGCCGCCUAUUACAAAUGAUGCAGAACAUUAAAGCAAUACCACCUCGAGAAUACAACAACCGAGCCCACCUCGAUAAACAUUUAGAAACAUGCAAGUUUGUCUUUGUUCGAGUAGAUGCUGUCAAAAAACCAUUGAAACAACCAUACGAAGGUCCAUAUAAAGUAAUUAAACGCACACAAAAAUACUUCAUCAUCAGCAGAGAUGGCAAAAAGCAGACUAUUUCUAUAGACAGAAUCAAACCUGCUUUCUAUGAAUCUACUCAAGUCAAAGAAGACAACGCCGUUGACAAUCAACCCCUUUCACCAGUGACUGAAAAGCCGGGGGAGGAUAAAAAACUUAAUACUAAACCUUCUUGUUUAACACGCUCGGGCAGACCUAUAAACAAACCCAAACGUUAUGUCCAUUUCGUCAAUUAAAAAAAAAAUAACAAUAAUAAUUUUUUUUCCUUUUUUUUACAGUGUACAUAAUUAACCAUAUUUUUCCCCACAAUUAUUCGUUUUGUCACAUUUUUUUUCAUAGAAAAAAAAAUUUGUUACAAUAAUAAACGAGUAAACUAUUUAAUUAUUCAUUUGUUGUACACACACACACACACAAAAAUAAGCAGUUCAUUUUUUUUUGGGUUCAGUAACAGUUCUUUACAUUAGUGUCAUUGUUAGCAAGCCAAGCUUUUAAAUGACGGUAUUCUCAUUACUUUUGUUUGUCAUGCUAUGCCAUAUCAUCACUAUUUUUUACGCAAUAGUACACUGUAUAUUAUGAACGUACAUGUCAUACGCAACUCCACAUUUGUUUAUUGGUUAUUAUUGUAAAUAUUAAUUUUUUUUUGUAUAAAAUUUUUUAUUAUAGUUAUUGUAACCAGUGUUACCUCCGGACACUCUGGGGGGAGCUAUGUGGAGACAUGACUGACAAGCCUAUUUUGUAAAUAGUUUUCAGUGUUAUUUCUAUUUGUUUUGUCAAUUUUUCACUGUAUGUACAUUUAUCAUUAAAUGACCGUACGUGUUGUUUUAGUCAACGACCUUGAACACUUUUUCCGCCGUAAUUCAAACAUAGCGUGACAUUUAUUUACUGGCUAACAAAUACAUUGCUACUCACACAU